CUGUUCUUCCUAUUCUUCCUGUUCUUCCUAUUCUUCCUGUUCAUCUCCUCCCCCUUUUACCUCUCCCUCGUCCUUUACGUCCGCAUUCCGUGCGCCUCUUAUCCUGCAGUUCAAACUUUGGACAGCUUGUUUUAUGCUGGCACUGUUUUUAGUUUAUACAUUUUCCGGCUUCGUGCGCCAUUCGAUUCCUCCUACCAUUUUGAUGCUGCCUUACCCAAAACAAAAACUCAAUCAUAGCAUAUUUGCCGCUUCUCCUCCUUAGUCACAUCUCUUCUCUUUCGUACCCUCUCUCCUCCUCCGUUUCGUUGCCCCCCAUUGCCAUUUACCAUGUUUCCACCGGUCGACCGCAGCGGCUUCCAUCUAGCCAUCAUCUGUGCGUUGGGCAUCGAAUCGGACGCUGUAAGGCUCCUUUUCGACGACAUUUACGAGGAAAAGUACGGACGCGAAACCGGCGACACCAACACAUACACGACGGGCCGCAUCGGUUACCAUUCCGUCGUACUCCUUCUACUCCCAGGCAUGGGGAUGGAGGCAUCGGCGGCAGGAGCAAGGAGCUUGCAAUCGAGCUAUAUCAACAUCAAACUUGCCCUGAUCGUCGGUGUUUGCGGAGGUCUGCCCCAAAUCCGUGGUCGGGACGCCUUUUUGGGUGACGUGAUUGUCAGCAAGAGCAUCCUCAACCAUGACUUCGGCAGGCAAUACCCAGAUAAGUUCGUCGUCAGGUCCAUUGAGGAGACACUAGGGCAAGCCAACACCGAUAUCCGCGGACUGCUCGAGCUUUUGGAAGGCAAGGACGAGCUGGGCCGCCUGCAGAAAAAGGCAAGGGCGAAUCUGGUGACUCUACAAGCCGCCGCCACCGCCGCCGACAAGGAGUUGGGGACCAGCUACAGCCCUCCUACCGACGCUACCGACAGGAUGUUUCGUGCGGAUUACGAGCACAGUCACCACAGGGAAGACUGUGACGAUUGUGACGCAGACCCCCCGCGCUUUUGCGAACGGGCCUCCAAGCUCUCCUGUGACGAGGCUGGGUGUAAAACAGGCCGCUGUGCCCCGAGACAGAAUCGACAGCAGGAGCGCCCGGUGGAGCUCGUCCCCCAGGUUUUCAUGGGCAGGGUGGCUUGCGGCAACGCAGUUAUGAAGUCGGGCAAACACCGCGACGCAGUUGCCAAGGAGCACGACGUGAUCGCCUUCGAAAUGGAAGGGGCCGGGGCUUGGAAGGAGGUCUCUUGCAUCGUCGUCAAGGGCAUCUGUGAUUACGCCGACAGCCACAAAAACAAGGAAUGGCAGAACUUCGCUGCGGCAACGGCGGCUUCGGUGGCCGCGGCGAUCCUAGACAGAUACGAGGUGCCAGGCGGCGCCAUGGAAAACGUCUCCAAGAGACGGAGGCUUAACUCAGACGGCCGCAACAGCACCACGACCAACGGCCACAACGCCACGACCAAUAGCCACAACGCUACGACUGAUAGCCACAACACCAAUAGCCACAACAUCAAAAACAGGGAUGGGGUAGUGGCCAUGGUUCGCGACCCAUCACAAGAUUGCCUCAGAUCGCUCGCCUUUCCGCAAAUGCACAGUCGCUCCCAUGACAUUGACCACGCCGUCACGGGGACAUGCGAGUGGCUGCUUCGACACGAGACGUAUCGGGGCUGGGCCGCUUGCGAUCGAGGCCUGCUCUGGAUCAAGGGAAAGCCGGGCUCUGGGAAGUCGACAUUGCUUAAGUACGCCCUCGAUAAUGGAGCCGUGCCCAGAGCCGGAAACACCACCCUCGUUCUCUCGUUCUUUUUCCACGAUCGCGGUCAUGAACUCGAAAGGACCCCGCUUGGCCUCUACAGGUCACUCCUUCAUCAGCUCCUCAGCCAAGUGCCCAACGCACUGCCCGAUCUUAUUGACACUUUCGAAAAAAACCGCAAGGAAUUCGGUCAACCGGGUGAAAAGUGGCAGUGGCAUCAGAAACAACUACAGCGCUUCUUCGAGCUAUCUCUUCCGAACGUUCUAAAAACUCGCUCAGUUUGGUUGUUUGUCGACGCGUUAGACGAAUGCGGCGAACGGAAUGCGGUCGACCUGGUCAAGUGGUUCGAGUCCCUGCUCCGGAACCCCUUUCGCGUCUGCUUCACUUGUCGUCACUACCCAAUUCUGGCCCUGGACGGUGCGUUCGAAAUAUGCCUCGAAAACGAAAACCGAGAUGAUAUUUCGGCCUACGUGCAAGAUCAACUCUCUGCGUUUCAUAUGCGAUCGUUUACGAUUCCGGCUUUGAUCACGGCUCGCGCCGAAGGCGUUUUUAUGUGGGCGCGGCUCGUGGUAAGGCAAGUUCUGGACCUUGACCGCGAGGGUAAACGAUUGGGAACAAUCGAAGCGGUAAUCCGGUCUACCCCUCCGGCUCUCGAUGAGCUAUACCACAAACUUAUCGAAAGCAUGGAACCAUACUCCCUGGACCUGAUCCAAUGGAUUUGCUUUUCCACGAGGCCUUUGACAACGGACGAGCUGCAAUGGGCCAUGGCAGUUGAUCCGGCCGGCAUUCACAAGUCACUCGACGAAUGUCAGCCGUCGGAAGACUUCAUCACCGACGAAAAAAUUGACACAAGAAUCAAAGCUCUGAGCCACGGUCUCGCAGAGAUCGUGCCGUCAUCCAAUGGGCAGGUUGUCCAGUUCAUCCAUCAGUCCGUCAAGGACUUCGUCGAAAAGAACCUCUCAGCUUUGGACAGCAGCGCGACGUCGACCGGUACGGCAAUCGGAAUGGUACACCACCGGCUGUCCAAGAUCUGCAUACGCUACUUGGCGAUGGAGGAGAUCGGUCAGUCAACAAGCUACGAGCGUCACGACUUUGCCUUUUUGCAUUACGCUACGACCUCGUGGGUAGCGCACGCGAAGCAUAGCGAUAAGAAAAAUGUCCCUCAAGAUGAUCUUUUGGAAUGUUUUGCUUGGCCAUCAAACGCUCUCGUGGAUUUAUGGGUGCGGGUUUACGAAAUCCUGGAUGGAUAUUCCCAUGAUUGUCCACGAGGAGGGACCAGCCUGGUACACGUUGCGUCGAGGUAUCAGGUGGUAGGGCUGUUAAGUGUUAUUUUGCAAAGGGCAGACAAAAUUGGCACUGAGAUCGAUAUUGGAGAUGAGAAAGGUCGGACGCCGCCGUCGUAUUCUGCGGAGAACGGGCACGGGGCCGUCAAGCUGCUGCUCGCCACGGGCAAGGUCGACGUCGAUUCGGAGGAUAAUGUGCGGCGGACGCCGCUGUCGUAUGCCGCGGAGAACGGGCACGAGGCUGCCGUUAAGCUGCUGCUCGCCACGGGCAGGGUCGACGUCGACUCGAAGGAUUAUUGGCGGCGGACGCCGCUGUUGUAUGCCGCGGAAAAAGGGCACGAGGCUGUCGUUAAGCUGCUGCUCGCUACGGGCAAGGUCGACGUCGAGUCGAAGGAUGAGCGGCGGACGCCGCUGUCGUGGGCCGCGGAAAAAGGGCACGAGGCUGUCGUUAAGCUGCUGCUCGCUACGGGCAAGGUCGACGUCGAGUCGAAGGAUGAGCGGCGGCGGACGCCGCCUAAGGCCCAAGAAUGUGAAAGAACGUCGCGAAGCCAAUGCUUGUUAGAUGGCGACAGCUCCGUGUGGCAAUAUCACGGCCCAGAUCGUGUUGCGUUACUCUGGAUGCUGCGAGCGGGCAAACACGAUGCCAAGCCAGACAGCCCUCCGGUCGGCCUCAAGUUUGGCCAAUUCAUCUGCUCCGACAAGCUCGCUGUCACGGCAGGCAGGGCCCCUCGCGGGCAAGGUACUUUGCAGAACGGUACCGCUGAGGUACACGCGCGUGCAAAAGGUCGCCUACACGCCGUAUGAUUGGAUAACGUUUAAAAGGGCCCAAAGUCCAAGUUUAAUAUAAUUAGCUAAGUAUUGCAUGCUACGGCUGCGGGCCCAGGUACCCUUCGUUACUCCCAAGUACCACGGGCAUCGUUCACCCAAUCCAGCCACACCCGAAAAAGCGCGAGGAAGUUGCCACACAGUUCGCCUCGACGACGACAGUGCGCGUAAUGAUUUUCAAUUGUAACACUAUGCUACUGCGCCUAGCCACCCUCAAGCCGCGCCCGUCACGCAAUUACUUAAUUGAUCGCCCCAUCCAUUCCGAGUUUGAAUACUAAAAUAAGUGGGCAUGUCCGGCACCGCGGCGCCAGGAGGGAAAACAAUCGCGAUAUGUCUAUCAUCACAUGCAGCCGCGCUCCUGGCGCCAACCGCACGCUGGUCUCUGGCUUGAGGUAUUUGCCCCUAUUGAUAUGGACUCGUACAGCGGCAAAUAUAUCAUCACUGUUCUUCCGCUUGGCGCAGCGAGGCAACGAUUAGAAAAUCCUUGCCGCCGGUCCGAUAAUACGCACAGCGACUCGGCCGCUCUCGUACAGGGCCUAUCACACCGCCCGGCAUUAUCUGUGCCCCGGCCGCACGCCUUUUGGUGAAGAACCGUGUAACCUACCAAGUAGACCUUAGAAUUGA